UCAGGGUGCGGCCAGUAACGACCAGCGCCAUCUAUUUGUGCUCGUGAAGAGUCUCCAUUUUAACAGUCUGGUGGAAAACUUUUGAUGUCUGAACACGGAAGUGCUCAAACAUCAGAGGUUUUCCAUACUUCAGAUUAGGGUUGCAAGAAACAUUAGAGGGAAGACGUGUGCUAAAAGUCCCCACCUUUGCAGCUUCACACCUGAAAUCAACCAAGAGAUUUUAGGAGUCAUCGGAAUGGAGACCUGUAACUCAUUGAAAACAAACGUUUGUUCUGAUUUUCCACGCCCCAAUGGAAUAAAAGGUGCAGCUUAUCUGAAACGGGUGUCAAGCAAAUUGCUUGAACUUAGACGCAAGAAGUUCUCCUUAAAUAGUCCAACUGGUGCCACGUUGACGAUCGGACCACUGGAGGACACGGAGUACAGAGAGAAUCCUGGUGAGCUGGACGGGUGCAGCAAGUUCUAUCUUUCUACGACAGGAAAAAUGGAGGUCAUCGGUUACGUGGAGGGCACACAUUACCCUUGUGAGCAGCUCAUCCUGAUGAUAUGUGGCGAUGGGAAGAUGUAUGGUUAUGAUGGAGAUGAGCUUCAUGAGGUGGCUUCCAGUCUGAGCCAUCUCUUUGAAGUGGGAAUAGACUACCCUGCAUCCAGUAGCUAUUACUAUGGGGAGGCCUUCAAACAUAUGACCACAGAGGACUGGGACACGGUGAGGAGCAGCCCUCAAGUGAAGAAGCUGGAAGAAAAGCGCCGUGAACUGAUCGCUUCACCCUCACGCAAAUCCAAAGUCUUGGAGUUGAUUGAAAAGAGCAAACAGAAACGGAGGUUACGUCGGCAGCAUGCAGCCCCCUCACAAGCCCUCACUAAUACAUGUUGAACUUAAGAACAGCUCUUGAGUGCACUGGACUGAAGUGGUUCAGCUUGAGCCCCGACUUAAACUCCAUCCAACAUCUCUGUGGAGACUUGAAAAUGGCUCCGCCAACCAGACUGAGCUUAAAAGUGGGCAGAGAAUCUCCUGAGCUGGAUGUGUGAAUCUUGUUGCAUGAAACUCAAAAAGACGAGUUUAAAACUGCUGUCAAAGAUGCUUCAAUUCAGGACAAAAUAGAAGGUAUGAAUACAGUAGUCCCCCGCUACUUCGUGGUUCGACUUUCGUGAACUCGCUCUAUCGC